CAACCACCAUCCUCUCCAUCAUCAUCGCCAUGUCGCAGCUGCCCCUCUACAACGAUAAGCCGGGCGUGAAAAUAACUUUUUCUGGCGCCGGUGCAGCCACGGUUCUUCAUCCCCUGACAUACGGUCGUGAAGGAAUCGACGCGGACUCUUUCAACACGCCACCCGCAAGUCUCAUCACUGCUCUCCCGUGUAUCCGUGGCAAAACCAUUCCAUAUGAUCGGUACACCACAUUCUGUCGGGAGUGGUCUUCGAGCGGUGCCAUGGUCUUCUAUGCAGAGGCAUCACGCCAGGACAAGACAGCUCCCCGCCAACGAUUCGCGCUCAAAGUGGCGUUUGACAUCAUGGGUGGUAGCGGCAGUCCGGGCGGCGCCUUCCUGGAGUCAUUCCACCGCGAGGCUAUCUUCUACAACGAGCAUCUCGCGAAGCUGCAGGGUAUCGCUGUGCCGAAGCACUAUGGCGUGUGGGUUGGUUGGACUCCGUGGGACACCACUGUCGCCUGCGCGAUCAUGGAAUGGGGCGGUCGACCGUUCGACUCCACGGUUGUCGAUCACAAGCUCGGCAAACCACAGAGGAGUGCUAUAAUAAUGGAAUCCGUCAAAGCCAUACACGACGCCGGCCUCCGCCACAACGACCUCAUAGACAUGCCCAUUCGCCAUAUCCUUUACGACAAACUUCGCGAGAAAGCUUUCAUCAUUGACUUCUCGACCGCCGAGGCCCACAAGUGCCGUCUGAGGAUGCGGAUGAGGCCGUAUACCUCAACACCCCCAGAAGAUGUCUUCGGCUGCGAUGAGCUUUGGUAUGCAGCACGAAAUAUGAAGCUCUUUGGCCAUAGACCAUGUUCUGGGCCCAAUGCGGACCCUCUAGUUGUGCAAGCAAUGGAGUACGUGCGCGCGAAGCGUCAUGAGGCGCGCGCGAGGCGCGAAGUGGCCGAGCUGUUGGCCACUAGAAGAACCAAAAUAUCGACAGCAUCUGCGGCUCAGGAACGCGCUCCUCAUUCGGCGCUCAUUGCUGCACCUGUUCAUCAUGAUCCCCCAUUCCACGUAGCCUCCCGAGAAAUCAAUGUACUAUAGAACUGCACUGGGUCAUCACGUAGCUUACGACUAUAUUUGAUCAUGAUGUCUUC